AUGUUUGGUUCCAUCAUUUUCUUGGUGGUGAUUACGUACACUUCCGCACAGUACGGUAAUCAGCCGCCAGCACAAGACAAUUAUCCACCUCAAUCACCUCCACAGGCUCCGCAAAAUCCGAUUGUUAUUCCUGUACCUGUUGGACCAUAUCCGUACAGUUCCUCUUCUGAUGAGAGGAAUUGCGGACGAUGUAAGUAUUUGAAGACUUCUUGUGAAGGUGUACCUCACAGAACUCUGUGUCGUGAAGCUACAAUCAAGAACUUCAUCGGCCGUCAUGGAUGUAAGGAGGCAAUAAUCACAUGUGGACAUUCUAAACGUCCGAUAACUCUGGAAACAAUUGAUGGUGAAAAAUUGAGCGAAGGAAUCGAUGUUCAAAAACACGUGAAAUGCGGGAGAAGAGAGAAAUGGUGUGCUCGCGAUAUUGACGACAACAACGUCAAUUUCCGUACUGUAAGAUGUGUCAUAGAAGGACAAGGACCUUAUCCGAACCACACAGAACCAGCACCAACACCACAACCAAUUGCUGAAUAA